AUGUAGCAAAAUUAUAGCUAUACCAAAAUCAAAUGUCUAUUUAAAGGAUAUGCAGGAAAAGUCUUUUUAAUUGAAAAAAGGUCUGAAAACGAUCCUCCUAAUAAACAGACAGGCUCGUUAGUAUUGAAAAGAUAUUACAGAAAGGUAAUGAUCUAAAUCACAAAUUGUAGGCAUCAGAUCCUGAAAACCAUACCAAUCUAAUAGAAUAUAAAUUAUUGACAUCACUCCAACAUCCAAAUAUCGUAAAUAUCAUUGAUGCCUUUACGGAGCAGUAUGAAUACAAAAAAUAUCUAUGUCUUACUAUGGAAUAUAUGGCACCUUUACAUUAAAUAAUAGGAAAUCUCAAAGAUCAUUAACUCUACAUUUUUAAAGAAAUCUGCUAGGCUGUGAGCUAUUUACAUAGCAAUAAUACUUUACACAGGGAUAUAAAACCAAGCAACAUAUUUGUUACUACUCAAGGAAGAGUUAAAUUGGGAGAUUUUGGGAUCUCAACUCAAAUCAGGCAGUCUAUGACACCUUAAACAUGUACUAAGAACUAUAGGGCUCCUGAACUUUUCUUUGGAUUAAAAGAAUAUGACCAUUCUAUUGAUGUUUGGUCCUUGGGUUGCACUCUAAUAGAAUUGUUCACUGGUAAAAUGUUAUUUAAUGGUAAUUCUGAAAUAGAGAUAAUGUCUUAAAUGGCAGAACUCUUAGGAAGUGUCAAUGUAAGAUUGUCAUUUAUAAUUAAGGAAUAAAACUGGGAAGGAGUCUCUCAAUUGCCAAUGUUUUUGGAAUUCGUCUAUGACAAAUAACCUCUAUUGGAAAAGGUGAUUGGAAGAUUACCCAUAUAAGUACAAUCACUUUUAAUUAAAAUACUGCAAUUAAAUCCAAAAGCCAGACUAAAAAUUAAUGAAAUUUUGUUAUAUUUAGACGAAUUAUAAAUUCCAGAUCGAUCCAGAGAACUAUCAUAUAUUGCACAGAAUACUUUAAGAGGCAAACAAAUGAACUAAAUUUAAAUUAUUAUAUGAAUUUCGAUUAUUCUAAAUUUGAGUCUCAAACUCCUGAAAAGGCAAUAUUUUAAGAAAAAAUCACAAACACUAUUCUAGUUAAUCUAGAUAAGGACAUUAUAUUCUAGGUACCCAAGACUCGAAAACCAGUUUAAAUAAGGUGGGAUAGGAUUCCCUAAGACAAUGGGAUUUCUUUUCUGAUCCUUACCCGUCUACCUGAUAAAUAUUAAUAUAAUCUAUAAAGGAUAUCUAACACUGAAUCAUCUGAAUUGGAUUCUGAUUUUAUGUUGAGAAAAAUCCUGAAAGGGGUAGUUCAAUUCAGUUUCAUCGUUGAAUUAAGGAACUCAUUCUGA